AUUCAUCAAAUUCAGAAUAUCAAAAUCUAAUCUCUUAGGCAUCUCCAAUGGAGAUUCUGUUAAACCCUUCUUCUCUCCUUUUACCCACAAAACCCCUUCUUCCAACUCGUUUCAAACUCACUCCACCUUCAACUCUGGGACCCAACUCGCUGACUCGCCGCCUUCCUUCACCACCAGCUCGUCCUCAUCGCAUCGUCAGAGCUGCAACACUGGACAGUGAGUAUUCACCCAAGAGGAGCAGCAGCAAUGAGCCGAGGGAAACGAUAAUGUUGCCUGGAUGUGAUUAUAACCAUUGGCUUAUUGUUAUGGAGUUCCCUAAAGACCCUGCUCCUACAAGGGAACAAAUGAUUGACACUUACCUCAACACACUUGCCACUGUUCUUGGCAGCAUGGAAGAAGCAAAGAAGAACAUGUAUGCGUUUAGCACCACUACAUAUACUGGGUUCCAAUGUACUGUAUCAGAAGAAACCUCCGAAAAAUUCAAGGGAUUGCCCGGAGUUCUUUGGGUACUGCCAGAUUCCUACAUAGACGUCAAAAAUAAAGAUUACGGAGGCGAUAAAUAUAUCAAUGGGGAAAUAAUUCCGUGCAAAUACCCUACGUAUCAACCAAAACCUAGAAAAGACUCGAAAUACGUGAGCAAGCGAUAUGAGAGACGAAAAGAUGGCCCCCCGCCUGCUGGACAGUACAGACCAAAGCAAUCAGCGAGUCAAUCGGAACCAUCAUCUUAACAAGGUACAAGGAAUAAACCUUUUAGUUAUGGUGGUCUGAAGUUUGAUUUUCAUCACACCUUAUCGUCUUUUGUAAAGUCUUUGGGGUAGUUUAUUUAUGCGGGCUGAGAUGGACCUAUUCGAGUCAUUCGGAUGCUGUCAAUUGAGAAAUAUGUUAUUCAUUAACAUGAAUCUUCGUGACCCGUGCAUUCUUAAAGGCACAAUUUAUUUAUGGAAAUAACACUUGUUUUUGUCA